GAAAAUUUAAUUUUCAGAUUAAAUAAAUGAGAAUAUAUAUAUAUAUAUAUAUAUAUAUAUAUAUGAUGGGAGAUGGGUUUUGAGAGAGGUUUCUUUCACGGCGAUCUUGGCCGACGGCUUUAUCGGCGGAACCCUUUCUCCGCUGGGCUCAAGAUACCAGAGAUUAACUGGAAGUAUAGAUCUCCUUCGCAUAGGAAUUCAUCCUCUAACGACUGGAGGGGGUUGGCGCAUUCAAAGAACCCUUUCUCCACUGGGUUCAGAGUUCCUGAGAUUGACAAGAGAUUUGGCUUUCCUUUGCAUAGAUAUUCAUCUUCUAACUCCUGGAGGAGGUUGGCACAAUCGAAGUAUAAUCGGGGAUGGUCAAAUUUUAGAGCUGGUAACAAUCGUUCUCAUUGGCAGUCAGAUCGCGACGAGACCUUGAAAGCUGCUUUUUCAAGUGUCAGUAGCGGAACGUUCUGUCAAUCGGGGAAGGUUUUUGGUGACAAGACCUGGAGAUAUCAGAAGUGAGAAUGCUGACAUGAGUAACGAAAAAUCCUGUGAAAAACACGAUCGCCUGCCAGUGGAAGGUUUUCUGCGUUCAGUCAAUCUACGCAGAGUGAAUCGGUCCCUAAGGAACCCCCGAAAGGGCUGCCGUCCNUUUUCAAGUGUCAGUAGCGGAACGUUCUGUCAAUCGGGGAAGGUUUUUGGUGACAAGACCUGGAGAUAUCAGAAGUGAGAAUGCUGACAUGAGUAACGAAAAAUCCUGUGAAAAACACGAUCGCCUGCCAGUGGAAGGUUUUCUGCGUUCAGUCAAUCUACGCAGAGUGAAUCGGUCCCUAAGGAACCCCCGAAAGGGCUGCCGUCCGAUGGGUACACGAAAGUGACGAAUCAUGGGGGUGUAAACAAAUCCUUGCGCCCGUAUCCAGCACCAGUAGAUAGUCUUAACACGAGCUCCAGCUUUACGCUUCAAGCAAAGGUAUUCGAUCUCUUCCACUCUGGUUACAAUCGCUUUCUCUGCAUCACUGAGACAGGAAGAAGAACUUUUCAGAUUUGGUUGGAUUUUGAGGCAUUUAAUUGGAUUUUGGACUCCCUCCCUAGGCUCUCAAGAAAUAAUUGUUGGGUUCUUUCAAGGUUUGAGAAUAAUCGUAAGCUUUCAAUUUCUUUUGGAUCCAACAAAUGGGGGGAUUAUAUCAGACUUCUUGAGCACAGACUCUAAGGUAUCUGCUCUAUUUUCUUCCCUAUUGAUAGGAGGGAUGGCAUUUCUCACAUAUACAACUGCCUAUCCUUUUUCUUGUCUAAGAUUAAGGGUAAGAAUAAGGUGGAUAAACCCGUCUUAGCAACUAACAAUGGGAAAAGUCAUAAUUCUUCAUUUGCUGAAGGGGCUUCAGGAAUGGCUGAGUCUAUAGCAGGUUUAUCCAAAGAUUCUGAACACGAUGUUAAAGCUCUAGUCCUUUCUCCCAGGCCCUAUGUGGCUUCCGAUUCACAUCCAACAACCUGCUCUAACAAAGCCCCAGUGCCUUUGCCUUCUUUUCCUGGAGGUUUUAGUACUUUCAUUUGGCUUCAUUUGUUCCAUCAUUUUUGUUCCCUCUACUCCUUUAGUCCUAAGGCUAGUGCUGAGAAUUAUGCCUUGGGUAUGUCUCCUGUUGCAAAAGAGGACCCUUCGGACUCUAUUCCUUUGGAUAACUCACCUAGAUCUUGUGCUCAGCUACAACCUUCUAUGGAAUCAGGAUCCUUAAACACUAUAGCUAUUGUGCACAGUUUUGAACCUUUACAAGUUGUUUUCCCUGAGGAGGAGGAUCUUCGGCAAUCAGACUCUAGAGCAUGCCUAUCAUAUUCAGAGUAUUUUAGAAAGGAGGACAGCCCAGACUUUCAAUUGUUCUUUAGGGACAAUGUUGAGUUUGACCCGGACCCAGAGCCAUGGAGAGAAUGGUACCCGGAUGAUGGUAUUGAGCCAGAUGACCACCUACAGCGAUGGGGAGGUCCAAAGGGACUUACAGCUGCUCUUAUUCGUAAUAAUGAUCAGGGGCGGAUCAUUUUCGAGAGGGGAUGUGCUAGAGGCUCUAGCCCCCCUGCUCCUAGAAGGAGUCUUAGGCUUGCAAGGCGACGUCGGCUUCCUUCUCCAAGUCGAUCAGAGCUUUCUUUGGACUCGGAAAAUCAAUGGGGGUUUUGAGCUUCUGUUCAUUUUGAUAAGGGGAGUUAUCUUGUUAUUAUCUCUGUUUGACAAUCCUCAUUGGUGGUAGUCCAUGGUUUAAAUUUUUCUUGAGCACGCCAGGCAAACGUGCUAGGGUCAGCAGUACAUGGUAGUGCAUUCUGCAUUUUACUAUUUCAAAGACCAGUUCAGUUUUGGAAGUUGCAUCUUGUGUGAAGUAUGUUGUCUACUAUACAAGCUGUUCAAGAUGUCCUUUGAGCCUGCUUCGAAGAUUGAAUGGAUGUGGCUACUAUCUGUUAUGGUUCCUUGGAUUCUAUUUCUUGGCUUUGUUGUUUUUGCAUUUUUCUAUGUAUCACCUCUUGGUUUGGAGUUUCUUGUUUUGGCUCUUCUGUUGGGG